AUGUCAACUUCAGGGAAUUCGCUUUACGUUGUGGCUAUAGACUUUGGUACAACAUACUCUGGAUACGCCUUUUCCACCCGGGCAAAUUUCUUGAAAGGCAACGAAAAGAACAUCAAUGAAAUAUAUACCGUUCACUGGAAUGCUGGGGAAUUAAUGUCAGAAAAAACACCCACAACUCUGCUACUCGACGCAGACCAAAACUUUGUCAGCUUUGGUUACGAUGCUGAAAACAUGUAUAGCAGAUUGCCAGAAGAAGAGAAGAAAAAAUAUUUUUAUUUUCGUCGAUUUAAAAUGAUGCUGUACGACAAAGAUGGGCAUCUGAAAAUUACCAGAAACACCAAACUAAAGGAUAUGACAGACAAGGAGAUAUUGGCCAUAGAUGUUUUUACACACUCCAUCAAGUAUCUGAGAGGUCACUUUUUGGAUAGUUUUGAAAAGCAGAAUUUGAAGAAGGCUAUUUCGCCUGAGGACGGUGAUGUAGCUUGGGUCCUAACCGUUCCUGCUAUUUGGGACGAACCUGCCAAACAGUUCAUGGAAGAAGCAGCCGAGAAGGCUGGCAUUCCGAAAGCUUACCUGAUGAUUUGCUUAGAACCAGAAGCUGCAGCUAUUUACUGCAAGUGUUUACCUAUAGAAAAAGGAGGAGAUUGUCUGAGUGCAAUGCAGCCAGGCCGAAGGUUCAUUGUUUUGGACGCAGGAGGUGGUACUAUUGACAUGGCGAUUCAGGAAGUGACAGAAGAUGGGAAGCUACAAGAAAUUGACCGCGCUCAAGGCGGUGAUUGGGGUGGGAUUUAUGUAGACGCCCAAUUCAAAGAAAUGCUAGAGGAGAUAGUUUCUAAACCGAUCUUUGAGGCUUUCCGAAUGAGAUUUACUGGAGACUAUAUUGAUUUGUUUAGAUUUUUUGAAAGUAAGAAGAGAGAAAAGGCAACGAGCAAAAAAGUGCGUAUGCAAGUUCCGCAGUCUUUUCUGAGUAUAUCGGAUGGGGAUAUUAAUACUUUGACACAGACAAAAGGCUUAGGGGAAUAUGUGACAUGGAAGCGGGAUAAAAUUUUUAUCGAGCAGAAGAAAUAUGAAAAAUUUUUCAAUCAUGUAAUCGACAAGAUUGUCUUUAAAGUUGAGGAAAUGUUGAUAUCCGAGACAGCGUUAGGAACCGACGUGAUUCUUAUGGUUGGGGGGUUUUCCGAGUGUGACCUUCUACAGAGGAGGAUACGAGAAUCAUUCCCGUCCUGUAAAGUAGUGAUUCCUCCAGACUGUGGUUUGGCCGUACUGAAAGGGGCCGUUAUAUUUGGUCACGACCCAAAAAUGAUUGCCGCCAGAGUUGUAAAGUACACUUAUGGCGUUGGAACCAACACCACAUUCAUUGAAGGAAAACACCCCGAAUCAAAAAGAACAGUCAAGAAUGGAAAAGUUUAUUGCAAAGACAAGUUCGAUAUUCACGUAAGAAAAGGAGACACAAUACAUGUUGAUGAAACAACAGACGAAACGUACUAUCCAAUUUACGAAGACCAAACAUCUGUCAAUUUCAGAGUCUUCACAUGUAACCACGUGGAUCCAGAAUAUAUUGAUGACGAGGGAUGUAAGGAAAUCGGUUCCUUGACCGUUCCCAUGCCGGACACCAGUGGAGGAACAAGCCGGAAAGUCAAAGCCAAAUUCAAGUUUGGGGGAACAAAGAUUACUGUUGAGGGCAUUGAUGAAACGUCCAAAACUUCAGUGGACAUUAAAAUUGACUUUCUGGAGGGCUCUCCAUAAUUCUAGACAGUUUUCAA